AUCUGGGUCCAUAUUCGAACAUAGGAAUGGGGCGAUACAGCUAUAGUCAACCUUCAAGUAGUUCUAGAAGGUUGUGGAGUAACGGAGAAGCAGAAGUGAGCCCUACUCCUUUGUGUCGAUCUAUGAGUUUUGGAAUUCCUAACAGAUGCUACUGCGUCAAGUGGUGGGAUGAGGCCGUGAUGGAGGAAUUUCAAGAGCUACGAUGUGCCCUGGACAACCAAGGAGACAGUAUUCGUAUCCUCCAAAAUGGUGAUGGACAGGAAGCACAUAAUCGGAUUGAGGCAGAGCUAGCUCAACUAAAAGAGCUAAUUGUAGACAAGAAGCAUUUGAGAUGCCUCGAGCUGAGG